AUGUGGUUUUCUUUCAACGUUCCUAUUCCACUGUUGAGCAUGCCGUUGCAAGAUGCCCAAAAGUGGCUGACAGUGGUGCUGACAGUUUCGAUUGUGACCGUGGCUACUCUGCCGGCGACACCGACAACCACACCAGAACCGGAACCAGAUCCGAGCCCGCAGUACGCAGGCACCGAACGAAGUAUGGUUGAGUCGGUUGGUGCGGUGCGUAAAUGCUCGGAAACGUCAACGCUGCUGUACGUGGAGACGGUAGUCGUGCUGAAGGACGACCUGACGAGCCUGAUCAAUGGAACAAUAGAGAUUUCGAUUGGCAAACCCGUCACGAUCGAGUGUGUGCGUAUCGUGGCCAAAACGGAACAUGAUCGGUCGGCACUGCAGGGGUACCGGUUCGUGAGCCCGACGGUAAUCGAAGUGAGCGUUGCCGAACUUCCGCCGUCACAGUCAACGGCGCUCGAGUACGCGGUGUACGUUUACGGGUCGAUCGGUCGGAAAAAGAAAACAUCUGGUAUAGCCCACUGAGCAUUUGUAGCGAUUUCAAAUUUGCAAGAGCCUUAGAAAACUGAACAAAUUAUUUUUUUUAUUUUUUUAGCCUAGAACAUUAUUGUUUUAAUUUGUUGCAAUUAAAAUUAUAUUUAACCCUAGACACACGCUGCAUUGCGUUAAAGGAUACGUAUAAUUAAAUGCAUUUUGUCGUGUCAGUUUACUGUGGCCUUCGUAAAAUAAAUAAAAAUAACUAUGCUUGUUUAUUGACGCAUGAUGGUUGAUGUUCUCGUAUUGUUAACAUUCAUUCAGUAGCUACAGGAAUCGUAUUGAGGUUGUUAAGUAUAUAAAUGGUGGACGCUGUACUAAAUCCAUUGGAAAUGGAAAUUAAAAUAUGUUAACGAGAAAAUAAUAAUAAAACAAGAAAUAUAGCCGUAUUUAACCGUUCUUCCGCUUAUAAAUAAAAAUUAUAAGAAUAAA